GUAGCAGUGUUUAGGUGACGGGUCGGCGAUGUGUCACUCCUACUUGUCAAAAUUGCAAAUAAUUAAAUAAGGGGUAAAUUCAGUGUUAAGUUAUUUCAAGGGGCGAUUUUUAGUGUCAGAACCCCGUUUAAGUGUCUCUGUGCUAACUCGUGACUUUUUAAAUUGAUUUAAUAUAAAAUAGUUUUUCGAGAACAUAUGUGAAAGUCCAGUUUUCGCCCCCAUUACGUGUUUAAUCUCUCUGUGUAAAACUCAAGAAUGCGAUGCUCCCUAGAAGACGGCGCGCUGGCUCCGAAACCGAGCCUCUAGUUGUUACAAGCGAUAAUCACUGGACGAAAGAAUCUAACCUCAAUUACAUAAACAGUGCAUAUCCCAACAAUGUGUCUCAAGAUUAUUACUUAGAAGACGAUUUUCAAACCGAGGAGUACAUUGAACCUGAACCAGUGAUGGCGGCGAGAGACAGGACUAGCGAAUUUAUCAAUACUAUACAGACUCUACAAGGGAGGAGUAUUCAAAGGGCUGUGGCUGUUAGGGACCCCAAAAAAUCCAAAGCCAUUCAAAUACACUCCGAGUUUAUGCUAAUUGCGAAGAAUAUUGGCCGAAAUAUUGCCAGCACGUAUACCAAGCUUGAGAAAUUAACCCUUUUUGCAAUGGCCUCUUACGAUAUAAAAAACCUUGAAGAUGUGCUCAAUCCAGUCAUAAAAAAAUCCGAUUUUGUCAGUGCUUCGGUCUCAAGACUGACUUCAGCAGGUGAUAAUUACGCCAGUUUAAUACUGGCCGUAGACAUAACAGUCAAGGGCCAAAAUAAUAAAAUUCGAACAGUUGCCAAACUUUUGCCCCGAAACCCAUACGUUCAGAAACAUUUCAACAGUCAGUGUUCCUUCCGGAACGAAGUUGGUUACUACCAAACCAUCAUCCCUUGUUUGAAACAAUUUCAAAGGGAGCAAGGCAUAAGCGAGGUAAUUAAUUGCGUCCCGGAUUUUUUCGGUGCGAGGUUUAAUCUACACCCACCAAGCACAAAAAUCGACGAAAACGCGAUUCUUCUCAUUAAAAACAUCCAAGACGAAGGUUUCGUAAUCAUUGAUCGAAAAAUCGGCUUUGAUGCCAACCAGACUCGAUUAAUUUUAUCGAAACUAUCACAACUUCACGCCACUGCUCUAGCUUUGCAAAUCCACAAACCGGAAAUUUUCGCUACGAAAAUUCGCCCGUUUUUGGAAGAAUUCACAGCUUUCGAUGUCGGUGAAGAGGAUAGUAACCGAACACAGGAAUCUCUAUUUGAUUUUAUAAAAGACGACGCGAUUUUUGCCGAACAUUUGCCAAGAAUUCGGCACAUUCUCAAAGCGAAUGCGGAUUUUGUUAUUCAUCGAAACAACAGAAAUUUGAAACCGAGUCGUUUUGUUACUGUGAGUCAUGGCGAUUUGUGGGUCAACAAUGUGAUGGUGAAAAUGGAAAAUGGAAAAACCGUCGAUGUGAAAUUUGUCGAUUUUCAAAUGUACGAACACACGACUUUGGCCAAAGAUGUUAUUUUCUUCCUAUUCACGAGUGUGGAAUUGUCGGCGAUUGAGACAAAUCUCGAUGCGUUUUUGUGGUGGUAUUAUGAGAGUUUUUUGAGAAAUUUGGAAAGUCUGAAGUGUGACGUUUCCGAAUACACGUUUGAGGGUUUUUUGGACGAAAUCGGUUAUAUUUUGAGGACGACCGAAUUGCUGCAUGUUUUGUUGAUGUUGAGGCCCAUUUAUGCCGACGGAAGUAUUAAGGAAACUGAAGAAUUAAAGAAAGAAGAUUUCGUUCGGUAUGGAUUUGUACCCCCGAAGGGGUGUAAGGAAAAAGCGCGCUACGUGGUCCGUGAAUGCAUACGCCGAGGUUGGAUAUAGGUCACAUGAAAAUAUUUAAAAGUGUUGUGUCAUUGCAAAAGAUAAAUAAAACUUGUGCAAAUACAAA